AUGUCUGACCGGAUUGUCUAUAUUUACUCAAACCUGUGCUCUGUUCCCUGGCUGGGCAGUGCAGCAGCAGCUGCGGCUCCCAUUUCUCCUCCUAAAUCUGGUCACUACCAUGUCCUCAACCGAGGGUGUGGAGAAACGCAGUUGGGCCGGCAUGGGGAGACAUACUGCCGGGUUGGUGGCUACCGGGCCUACGGGGAUGCUCCUUUGGCCAUGCCAGCAAAGGCGGAAGCCGAGAAGCCAGUCCCCAGAUGUGCUCCCGAGAGAAAGCAAGCUCCGGAAGAGUCGGACGAAAAUCUCGGUUGCUCCAGACCCAAAAUCCGGCGAUUGUAGCAUGGUGCCAGGAGGCGGACUCCACAGAAUCUUGCUGGCUGAACCAUUCUGAAGACAGGGCAAUGGUUUAACUGCCUAAGACAGCGAAUGCCUCUUCCUGCAGUGACCCCUCCCGCCCCCGCCACUGCCCAC